AGGAGGAGUAGGAGGUCAGUGGAGUUCGGGUAGUCGAGCAGCGCAGACGCGUUGUGCGCCUGAGCAAAUUUCUCUCUCACUAUACAAAAGUUUCGACUUUCUUGUUGUGCUUCGUUGAUGAACCCUUGUGAACUGUUCCAAAGAGUGACGACAAUUUGUGUUUAAUUUAAAAGAAAUCAGGGCAAAAAAAAAAUCCGAGACAAUUCUGUAAUAAAAAAAAAAAAGAAUUUUGCCGUCGGGAGUGCGAUAUAAGAGGGUUGUGAGAGAGGUUUUUUUUUUGCAAAAUUAAAGUGAAGGGAUAGUUAAAAGACACGGGUUUAAGGAAGAGGAUUUGGUAAAAGAGUGAUUGCAAAAGAGGAAUGAAGGGGGAAAGGGGUAAAGCGACGGACUUCAGCAUCGCGGCCAUCAUGGCGCCCAGGGGUCCGUCCUUCGGACAUUACCACCUGCAGGGCCUUAGUGGUAACGCGUCGGCCAACACCAAUGUGGAAUGCGGCAGCAAGGCUUUCAGCACACUUGACCACCAGGAUGUUAGAGCGCCAGUGAAUAUUGUUGCGACAGCAACUGUUGUAACGAACGAUGCACUUUUGGACGAUGAUGAGCUGGGUGAAGAAGGAAUUGGUGAGGUCGAAAGUGAAGGAACUGAGAAAUCUGCAAAUGAGGAAGACGAGGAGAUCGAUGUUGAUGUUGAGGAGUGCAGUAGUGUUGAUGAGGGACCGGUUGGUUUUGUCGAUGAUCUCUCAUCAAGCAGGAAAUAUCAGAAUGGCAAUGAUGUUGAGAGGAAACAUCGAAGAAGAACAACCUGUAAUUCCGACGAAUUAAGGGAUGUUGAAUGUCAUCUUGAGACUAAGGAACUUUGGGACAAGUUCAAUGACCUUGGCACAGAGAUGAUCAUUACGAAAACCGGCAGACGAAUGUUUCCGACCUGUCGUGUGUCCUUCAGUGGAUUAAGGUCCGACGGGCAUUACGCCGUUUUGAUGGAUAUCGUACCAGUGGACAAUAAAAGGUACCGAUACGCCUAUCACAGAAGUUCUUGGUUGGUGGCCGGAAAAGCAGAUCCACCAGCUCCUGCGAGGCUUUACGUUCAUCCAGAUUCACCGUUCAAAGGUGAACAACUUCGUAAGCAAGUUGUCUCAUUCGAAAAAGUCAAACUAACCAACAAUGAAAUGGAUAAACACUGUCAGAUUAUAUUAAAUUCGAUGCAUCGAUAUCAACCGAGGAUACAUUUGGUACGAUGUCGAAAUAACAGUAACCAUCAGAUCACCGAUUUACAGAAAGAAGAACACAAGACUUUCAUUUUCCCAGAAGCAAUUUUCACAGCGGUAACUGCUUACCAGAAUCAGUUGAUCACGAAGUUAAAGAUCGACAGUAACCCGUUCGCUAAGGGGUUUCGAGAUUCCUCCCGUCUCACAGAUUACGACAGAGAUCCAAUGGAGUUGAUGGAGCAACAACUAGUGAGAUGUGGAGUUCCUUCGGUAAGACUAUAUGAACAUCUAGCGAUAUCAUCACCGGCAGCUGCGGCACACAGUAUACAACAACAACAACAGCAGCAACAACAACAACACGACGGCUCACAACAUCCGUUACCACCUUGGUUACCGCCAUCAGCCACCCUUCUUUAUAGUGGGGUCACACAAAAUCACAGUAGAGGUGGAACGCCAACGGCUUACCCGGCCAGUCCAACCUUCCCCUACCCCGUGGCUCUGCCGUGGCCCUGGCAACCCCCGGUAGCGAUGAUCUCCCGACGAUCGUCUCCCUCGUCGGCGACAGCUAGCCCCGGGGUCAGGUAUGCUCCCUAUCCGCGACCCGCCUCCACACCACCGCCUUUACGCGCACGCCCGUCCACCCCCAAUUAGCGAUCCACCACCGGCUACCACACCCCCCAACGAAUACUCCUAUCUGCUACUGUCUAGAGAGAGAGAGAGAGAGAGUGAACCCGCAAGCGUUUUUCAAAAACUUUUUUUUUUCCCCCGGUGCUCAUAUUCUUUGCAAGAGACAACAUUUCAUCUCUCUUUUUGCAUAGUUUCAUUUUUAUGUCAAAAUUUUCACAAUUCAGAGAAAAAGCAUAAUAUUUUCUAUAUCCAGUGUACGAGAGAGAAAGGAGAGCGAGAGACACGAUAAACAUUUUUUCAGAUUCUCUAAAUUCGAAUUAGUUACUUGCGCCGAUUAGUUCAUUAAAUGAAUUAAUAUUUUUAAUCAUUCAGUCAAAAUACUCUCUAAAUAUUUGAAUUAAGUACAAAUUUUAACUAAACUAAAAAAAUUUACUGUGGCAGCAAAUAAAUUUGCUGUUAUAUCAAAUUACGUUAGCUAAUACAGGGACAGCGAACAAAUUUGCUGUAAAGUCAAAAAAGUUUGGUAAAUUUUAAAAAAUUAAGACUGAUAUUGUUUAUCAUAGCAAACUUUUUCGUUGUCAUAGCAAAAAAUUUACUGUGGCAGCAAAUAAAUUUGCUGUCAUAUCAAAUUACGUUAGCUAAUACAGGAACAGCAAACAAAUUUGCUGUGGGGUCAAAAAAUUUUGGUAAAUUUUUAAAAAUUAAGACUGAUAUUUUAUAUCAUAGCAAACUUUUUCGUUGUCAUAGCAAAAAAUUUAGCUGUAGUUACUAAUUUUGAUAGAUCUGGUAGCAAACAUCAGUUAGCAUCUAUAAGCAAUGCCUUUUUUUCCGUGUAAUUUGAAAACUUUUUUGUUUUUACUCGGAAAAAAAGAAAUACAAAUGCUAACUGAUGUUUGCUAUCGGGUCUAUCAAAAUUAGUAUAAUCACAGCUAAAUUUUUUGCUGUGACAACGAAAAAGUUUGCUGUGAUAAACAAUAUCAGUCUUAAUUUUUAAAAAUUUACCAAAUUUUUUUAACCCCACAGCAAAUUUGUUCAUUGUCUCUAUAUUAGCUAGUUCGAUGUGACAGCAAAUAUGUAGUUUGCUGCCACAGCAAAGUUUUUCUAUGCGUGUAGUUAAAUUUUACUAAUUCAAAAGCAAAACAUGAAUUACUAAUUCAAAUUAGUUUAAUUUUUUUAUUGUUAGAGAUACCCAGAAAUUUCGGACAGUUGCUUUUACUUUGUAAGUAUAUAUAGUAUUCUUAGUUAAGUGACUAAUUCAAAUUUAGAGAAUUUAAAUAUAAUUUUUCCUAAAAUUUUGUUUAAUAAAAAAAGAUCUGUCAUUUAAUAAGAGGUCAUUCAUAAACUACGUUACCUAUUUUAGGACGGGGGUCAAAAAGUCUAAAAAUUAUUUUAACGCAAUGUUAAAGAGGGGGGAGGUAAAAAAAAAUGAAAAAUUGUUUAAGUAAUUUAUGGAUGGCCCCUUAUUAUCUAAUAAUUUUGUGUUUAUGAAAAAACUCAGAAUAAAAUGUACAUAUAAUCUAUAGGUAUUAGCAUAUAUAGCAUCCAUCGAAGGUCAGUUAUUAAUUUCGAAUUUGUAAUUAAAAUUAUGUUAAUCAAAUUUUUUAUGCCCUCUCACAUAUAUUAUAUAUAUACUAUAAACAGUUGUGUAUUCAAGAAAACAAACCGUCUUCCUUCUAACAAUAUGCAGAAUUCCAAUAUAUUCUUAUCGCUCUGUGAUAAUAUCGCUUAAUUACUUUCACAAAAGUUAUAAUUUAUAAGUUUUUCAAAUUUGCUCAAACACUCUUUAUCAUCACGAAUCUCUUCGACAUGAUUUAAGAAUCAUUGAUAUAUAUAUAUAUAGUAAGUUCCGUACCGUUUUUUCCCCCUUUUUCAAAAAUGUUACCUUUAAACGAAAUAGCAACCAGUACUGUAUAAUAAUAUAUAUAUAUUUAUAAAUUAUUAUAACGAUUUUGUUGAGUCAGCCUUCGCGGAGCCAAAGAAAAAACACACUCGUCCGUUUUUUUUGCGGACCUCUUAGAUUUUUAAGUAUUUAUAUCACGUACAAGUUUGUACAAAAUUUUAGAACAACUUUUAAAACAAUUCUUUUAAAAAAUCGUAUAUUGUAUACUAGAAGUCUAUUUAUUAUUAUUAUUAUUAUUAUUAUUAUUAUAUUUCAGUUAUAAUCACUUUAUUACUGUUUAGAUAAGUGAUUUAUUAAUUUAUGUACAGAGCAAAGAUUUUGUUGAUCAUAAGCAAGAUUUCAUUUUAUUACAUAUUGAAACAAAUUUUUUUUAAAUCUAAAAUACUCUUUAGAAUAUGUUAAAACUUUUUUUCUUGUUUUUACUUUAGUCUAACUUGUAAAAAAAAAAAAUGGUUACAAUCUUGAUUCUGAUAAACAAAAAUACCACUCUCUAGUUUUUAAUUUAGAACAUUGUAAAUAAUAAUUAAUGAAUUAGUAUGUGUGCAAGUGCACAAGUUGUUGUAAAUUCCGUUUUUAAUGUUGGAAAAAAAAGAGUCGAGAGUAUGUACACACACACACGUCUCUGUAAUAUGCGGAAUGUAUGCGCAUGUGUAAGUAUUGCAAAAUAGCAAGUAGAAAUUUCAAAAGUGUAAAAGCAAGAGACACAAAGAAGAAGAAAAAGAAGAAGAAGAAGAAGUAAAAUGUACUAUAAUCCAUAAAAGUAUUACCGAGGUCUCUUUGCAAGAUGGUGAUAUUUGUAUAUAAAAAAAAAAAGAUGUCGUACGUAUAUAGCUUACCAUAAACUGAAUGUAGAACGAAGAAAAAAAAAUUAAAAUGAAUUUUCAUUAAAGUGCAAAGUUUAAUUACACAAAUAUAA